AUGGAAAGAGUCAAGAUCUUCAAUUUAAUAACAUUGGCUCUGAUAUUCCUAGCAAUAGUACCAAAGAUGGAGAGCCAAAUAAGGCCACCAAUUCCUAUGGUACCAAUAACUCCACGCCCACUUUGUGGUUCACAAUUUGCACUAGUAAACUAUGCAUGUUCAAGGUUACCAUUUGUACCAGGGAUCCCACCUGUGCCCCCACCUACCCCAGAGCCAGAACCAGAGCCUGAGCCAGAGCCAGAACCAGAGCCUGAACCAGAACCUGAACCUGGACCAGACAAUCCUCCAUCACCUGAUGAUCACAGACACCACCAUAAUAGACAUGGUCACAGCCACAGGCAUGGACACAGGCAUAGGCGCCGCCAAACACCUGAGGAAGAAAACUGUUGCAGGUGGGCUAGGGAAGUUGAUAGCCAAUGUGUGUGUGAACUUCUAGUUCGCUUGCCACCUUUCCUUGUUAGACCUGUUCAUCAGUACUCAAUCGCCAUUGGAGAAUCCUGUCAAAUCACUUACUCAUGCGGUGCUCCAAUUUGA